AUUCCGGGAUUCCGAGAGUUGAUGGAAGCAACCGAAGCAACGAGAUUUGCGUGAUGGAGAGAAGCUGUGUUUCUGACCUCGUGCGUCGCCUGCUGCUGAUAAAAUUCGUGUUGAGCCUCAGCAUUGCGGCAUGCAGCAGCUACGGACUCCACGGUGACACGCUACGCCUUGCCCCGAGCACGGAAACGGGCUCGAUGUACACCUUCUUCUCGGACCCUGUCGGAGCGGAAAGUUCGUCGAGCUCCCUGGCUGCCCGGCGUCUGAAGCGCUCGGUCACCGUCUCGGACACUCCGAUGAACACCACGGGCAUGAUGUCCAUCUUCUCGCUCAACUCGAGCCGGGAGCAGCUGACGGUGCACUGGGCGGGCCGCAAGAGCCCCGUGGUGGUGUGCCUGGCCCGGGACCGGGCCCAGCCCUCGGGCUCGGAGGUGUACGUGUCCGGGGACUACGGCUCCUCCUUUGAGGAGAAGCAGGCGGCACUCAUGCGGCUCACUUCGGGCCAGCCCUCCACCAUCCACACCUUCUACAUCUCACCUGUGCUCAACAGCCACAUGGUGUUUGUCGACGUGGUGCACAAGCACCUGUUCACCUCAACGGACCUGGGCCAGAGUUUCCGGGGCCAGGCGGUGGGCUUUGUGCCAGACGUGGUCGCGAUGCACCCGACCAACGUGGAGGUCAUUCUUGCCAUGGCCAGGGAGGACCCCGACAAGAAGCUCUGGCUGUCGGAAGACUUUGGCGUCAGCUGGACGGAGAUUCAGCGGGGCGUCAAGACGUUCUUCUGGGGCGACCCCCAGGUGGACCCGGCCAACAGCCUGUUUGUGGGCCGGGAGCACCCGGACGGGAGCCUGGCCGUGCUCUCCACCACCUGCUACUUCAGGGACUCCAGGCCCAGGCUGCUCCUCACGGAUGUCGAGGACUUCGAGGUCAAGGGGAAGUUUGUCUUCGCCACCAAACGCCCGCGUCUGCUGGGCAGCCGGAACGGGACGCUCCAGCUGUGGGUCUCCUACCAGCGGGGCGACUUCAGGAGGGCCCUGUUUCCCAACCGCCUGGACCACAUGGACUACUUCAUUGCCGAGGCGUCGGAGGACCAGCUGUUUGCCUGCGUGAUGCACGGCAACUUCAGCCACCUGUACAUCUCGGACCAGCGGGGCCUCAAGUUCUCCCUGUCCCUGGAGAAUGUGCUGUACCUCAAGACGGACGAGGCCAGGGAGGAGGCGCUGCUGGACCUGCACCGAGUGCAAGGGGUGCGGGGCGUCUACAUCGCCACCCGGGUGAAAAGCCGCCCCACGGACCUGGAGGGCCAGGUGUCCGUCAUCAGCUUCGACAACGGCGGCUCCUGGCAGCCCUUGGUGCCGCCCAGCGUCCACCACGACGGCACGCCUGUCCACUGUGACCCGGGCCAGGGCUGCUCCCUGCACCUGAGCCAGAAGUUCGGCCUGCUGUACGGAGGCACCCGCAGCCCCACCAUCUUCUCCAAGGAGUCGGCUGUCGGCCUCAUCUUGGCCUCGGGCGUCAUAGGGACGUCUCUCAAGGGCCACCCCAGCCUCUUUGUCUCCAACGACGGCGGCCUGACCUGGCACGAGGCCCGCUACGGAAACCACCUCUACUCGUUUGCCGACUUUGGUGGAGUCAUUGUCGCCGCCGAGUUCUAUGUCUUCGGGGGAGAGACGGACCGAAUUUUUUACUCACUGGACAUGGGCGAGAAGUGGUCGACGCUGCAGCUGCUGGAGGGGGAAAAGAUCCGCGUGUACGGCCUCCUCACGGAGCCCGGCGAGAAGACGACUGUCUUCAACCUUUUCGGCUCCAAGACCGCCAGGCACGAGUGGCUCCUGGUCAAGAUCGACAUGCGCAACGUCUUCCGGUACGUGUGCAGUGCGGACGACUACAAGACGUGGUCCCCUCACGGGCCGUCGUCGAGCUGCCUGCUGGGCCGCCGGGAGGAGUUCCAGGUGCGAGUGCCGCACUCCCUGUGCUACAACGGACGCGACUACGUGCGCCCGGUGUCCCUCGUCAACUGUCCCUGCGAGAGGAGCGACUUCGAGUGCGACGUGGGCUUCCGGGAGGACGAGGCCAGCCGGCAGUGCGUGCGGGAGGGCGAGGUGGACCCCUACGCCGUGCCGACCAACUGUACGGAGGGCGCCUUCUACCGGAGGACCAAGGGCUACCGCAGGGUCUCUGGGGACACGUGCGAGGGGGGGCGCCUGCUCGAGUACGCCCCGGACGAGAUCUCCUGCCCCCUCCGGAAUGACGAGGAGUUCCUGCUGCUGGGCUUCAACGGGUCGCUGAGCCGGGUGUUGCUGUCGGAGCCUCAGCAGAGUCAGUGGGAGCGGCUGGCCAGGCAUCCCCGGCAGGCCCAAGACCAGUGGGCUGCCGUGCUGCUCGACUACGACUACCACUCGCAGUGCAUCUUCCUCUACCACCAGGGCAUCAUCUUUAAGUGGUGCCCGGGGCAAGAGCAGCUGCUGGAGCCCCUGGAUGCGUUGCACUGGCAGCGGGUGAGCGACCUGGCCCUGGACUGGCUGUCGGGGGUGCUGUACGUGGCGGACGCGGGGGCCUCCCGGGUGGAGGCGCUGGCCGUGGAGGGCCGGGGCCGGCACCGCAGAGUGCUGCUGGCACACGACGCCUUGGCCGCCCCCCAGAGCCUGGCCGUGCACCCCACGGCGGGGUACCUGUUUGUGGCUGACUGGGGCGAGGCGCCGCGGGUGUUGCGCACCUUCCUGGACGGGAGCCACCCUCUGGUGCUGGCCUCGGGGCCGGACGUGGUGCGCCCCAGGGGCCUGUGCCUGGACGGGGGCCGCCUCUUCUGGGUGGACGGCGGGGCCCGCAGCGUGGUGUCGGCUGCCCUGGACGGGACGGACCGCCGCACCGUGCUGCGAGGGGAGGCCGUGCUGCCCAACCCGGUCCUGGUGGCCGUCUACAAGGACUGGAUGUACGUGGCGGAUGCUCACCGUAAGCAGCUGCUGAUGGCGAGCAAGCAGGACGGCUCGGGCCUGGAGGUUCUGGGCAGGGACUUGGCGGACAUCUCUGCGCUCAAGGUGUACGGCCCCUCCAGCCAGCAGGGCUCCAACGGGUGCAGUGGCGCCCCCAACUGCAGCCACUUCUGCUUUGCCGUGCCCGGGGGCGGCCACACCUGCCUCUGCCCGGCGGGCUUCCAGGUGCAGAAGGUGGGAGUGGGCGAGCGCUGCCUCUGCGACCGGGGAGAGAUGCUCCUGGCGGACGGCACCUGCGGACCCGCUCGCUCGACCUGCUCGUCCCGCCAGUUCCAGUGCCUCAAGGGUCAGUGCAUCCCGCUCACGUGGAAGUGUGAUGGCGAAAAGGACUGCGUGGACGGCAGCGACGAGUCCCUGUGCGGCCAGUCGAAGUGCCCUGCGAGCCAGUUUGCCUGCGCCAACGGCCAAUGCAUCCCAUCCCCCUGGAAGUGCGACACGGAGGACGACUGCGGCGACAACUCGGACGAGUCCAACUGCACCUUUGCCACCUGCGCACCCGAGGAGUUUGGCUGCCGCAACGGCCGCUGCAUACGGCGCUCUCUGGCAUGCGACAUGGAGGACGACUGCGGUGACGCUUCGGACGAGGUCAACUGCACCACCCCAACGACACGGGAGUGCCGCCCGACGGAGUUUAAGUGCUCGGACCAGCGGCGCUGCCUCCCGGCGUCGUGGCGCUGCGACGGCGAGUCGGACUGUCAGGACGGCAGCGACGAGGCGGCCUGCAGUGCGACCACCUGCGCCCCGUGGCAGCUGCGCUGUCCCAGCGGCCGCUGCAUCUUUCCCUCGUGGCGCUGCGACGGGGACCGCGACUGCCCUGACGGCAGCGAUGAGGCCAACUGCACAGCGACGUCCACCCCUGGCGCCCCGAGCAGCAGCAGCAGCACGCCCCCCACGUCCCCCCAUGCCUGCGGGGCCGAGCGGUUCCAGUGCGGGGACGGCGCCUGCAUCCUGGCGGGCUGGCAGUGCGACGGGGUCCCCGACUGCCUGGACGGCUCCGACGAGGCCCAGUGCAGUCCCGGCACGUCCAGCCCCGGAACCACGGCGGUCAGCACGGCCGCCCCUGCCUCCUGCGGCCCCGAGAGGUUCACCUGCGACUCGGGGAAGUGCAUCUGGAACUCGUGGGUCUGCGACGGCACCCACGACUGCAGCCAGGGAGAGGACGAGAGGCUCUGCCCAGGGACGGGCGGCUGCACGUCGGACCACUUCCGGUGUGCCGAGAGUGCCGGCUGCGUCCCGCUGGCCGACGUCUGCAACUCCCACCCGGACUGCGCGGAUGGCAGCGACGAGUGGGGCUGCGACCAGAACCACGACCCUUGGAAGCAGUGCAGCCAAGACGAGUUCCGCUGCCGUGGCAACAACCGCUGCAUUCCGGCCAGCCGUCGCUGCGACGGCAUCGGGGACUGUGCAGACUCCAGCGACGAGGCCAGCUGCAAGUCAGAGCUCUACUCGGUGCACACCCUGCUGGUGGACAGCAAACACCUGAACUGGACGAGCGUGCGCAUCUUCUGGCAGCCUCCCGGCGGGAACCGGAGCUUCGAGUACCUGCCCACUGUGCAGAUGCUGAAGGACCAGAGCUGGCGCAACGAGAGCUGGACCCCCGGCCUGAGUUGGGUCUUUGCCCGGCUGAGCCCCGGUUCGCGCUACCGCUUCGGCGUCUACGUGCGCCUGGCACGCAACCACAGCCACGUGUCCAGGCCCCUGGAGUACGUCGUGGCUGCCACCCUGAGUGCCGCUCCCCCUGCCCCCGAGGACGUUGUGGCGAGGCAGCUGGUGGGGCGCAAGGUGGAACUCAGCUGGAGGCUGCCCGUGUCCGCAGCCCUUCCGCCCGUCGACUUCUUCAAGGUGCGCUUCAGCCCACCCUACCCGGCCUUUGUGGUCACCCUGGCCGGGUCGGUCAGCUCAGCGGUGGUGGACUUCCCCUUCCAGCCGGGCGUCACCUACACCUUCACGGUGGCGUCGUGCGCCCGUGGCCAGCUGGAAAGCCCUCCUUCGGCUCCGGCCGUGCUGCCGUUUGCCAAGACGGAUGUGCUGCCUGCGCUGGGACACCUGCGGGCGACCCCCCUGGGGCUCUCGGCCGUGGCCUUGUCCUGGGACGCCCUCCCGGGCGUGGACGGCUACCGGGUGUCCUGGGGCCUGCACACGGAAGAUGCCUACCCCCUGCCUUGGGAAAGGGCGGACACCCCUCGGGCCGCCUUCAAUCUGACGUGGCUUCCACCGGGUGCAAAAUGUACUGCCAAGGUGUUUGCUUUCAAGGACGAGUUCCACAGCCCCGACGAGAUGGUCUACUUUGUCACACAAGGCAAGCCUCUGCCAAAGCCGCAGAAGCUGGCGUCUUCCGUCAACGGCACGAGGAUCUUCCUGAGCUGGAACGCCGUGACCCCCGACGCGUCCCUGGGCCCCCGGUGGGCCUACGCAGUCUACAUGAUCGGGACACACUCCGCACCCCACCGCCUGGGUGACACGGAGACUCCGUCCUACGUCGUGGAGCAGCCCCUGGAGCCCUGUCGGUCCUACAGCUUCCAGGUGCGCGUGGCAGUGGCUUCCCCUGGGGGGCCCCUGCCAGGCCCGCCGAGCGAGCCCGCGACGGCCCGGACGGAGUUCAGCCCUGUGGCGGCUCCCAGGGCAGUCUCCGCCGCGCUGCAAGAGGACCAUGCCCUGGUGCGCUGGGAGGCCUCCUGCCCCCGCCUGCCCCGCCCCACGGGCUACAAGGUCUUUGUGGAGGAGAAGCAGACGGGGUCGAGGACGGUGACGGCAGUGCCCCCCACCUCCUCGGCCGUGCUGUCGGCCACCCUGGGGGUCCACCCUGGGGGCGCCUACUCGGUGCGGGUGUCGACGGACCGGCCGGGGGCUCUGCUCAGCGCCCCGGCCGAGUUUGCGGGCCCCGAGAUGCCGGCGCCCCUCCAGCUGGCCGUGGUGCCCGAGAUGAACGGCAGCCUUUUCGUCCACUGGAAGGAACCCCGCCUGCCCCCGACCCUGGCCGGCCACAGGGUGGCUUACAUGGUGCUGCUGUCAAGGCGGGAGGACAUGGCCGAGGCGGAGGCGUACAAUGCGUCGCAGCCGCCCCUGACGAUCCCCAGCGUGCCCGGGGGCCACACCUACCACGUGGCCGUGCGAAUGACGGACGAGCACGGCUUCCAGAGUGCCCUGUCUGCCCAGCUGUCGGUGGGAGUUCUGGCCGGGCCGCUGUCCGUGGGCACAGGUGGCCUGGUGGGGGCGGUGGUCGGUGCACUGGCAGUGCUGGUGGCCCUGGGCCUGGUCCUAGCAUUUCUGGUGGUGCGCCACCGGCGGCUGCAGCGCAGCUUCGUCUCAUUUGCCAACACCCACUACGACACCCGGUCAGGAGCUACCACCUUCAGCACGGGUGCAGACAACGGGGGGCUGGCGGAUGACGAGGACGACGACGACCCCAUCAUCCGGGGCUUCUCGGAUGACGAACCGCUCGUCGUCGCCUGAGACCUCCGCGGCGCUCCCGCACCCUUCCUUCCCGCUCCGAAGGGUUUGGGGCCCGCACGUCCGCUCAGCGGGUCGCACCAUGCACGUGCCGCCGGCGUCGGUGGCAACUGUUUCAUAGCGGGGAAGGGGGGCAAAGUCGGGUACGGCCAAGGUCCAUCUCCCGCAACGACCACAAAUUGUGGGUCGCGGAAGCGAGGCUUUGGACACUGCAUUCCUUCUCGGUGCAUUUCGCUCGAGUCGACUCCGCACUCAUCCGUCGUCCUUGUGUCUAUGCUACGAGCAUUCGAAACCUCGCGUUUGCUUUGUUGACCAAAAUGGAAAUCAAUCGCGGAAAAUUGGCCUUUUUUGUUUCGUAUAUGGCUUCUUUUUAGAAGGAACACACUAAAAUUGAAUGGCUGUUUUUGUGUUCCUUUUUACAAAUUGUUUGAUUUUUGAGGGUUUCAUCUCCUAGGCGAUUGUGCGACCUCGAGAGCCUUAGCGGCAAUUCUGAUUGUUUGCCGCCAUCGCCGUGUUGUUUGCCGCCGCACGUUGGCGCAGAUCUGACGAUUGACUGUCGUUGAGAUAUGGGACAAACGGACGCUCCUGCCUCCGAGGAGACAAAGCGCUCGGAAGAGAAGGGGAGCAGGCAUACCCAAACUGGGGACUGGGAGACAAUGGGACCUCGGACCUGACGCUUCUUGGGAUGCCAACUAAACAUUCCUUCUCGCGAGGGCCGAAGGUGAACUGGAAUGCCAUUUGAAAGGUGCAGUUUGUCCCGUCUCCUCCAAUUCCAUUCUUCGUUGGACACCUCGCAAGCACCAAACCUCGUUUGCCUCGCCAGGGCUCUGUGGAGCUUCCACCGAACCCGCAUCUGGACAGAACGGCCCUCCGAAGAGGGCUCGUAGCAUUAGUCAGUGAUUCCUGAGCUUUAAGAAACUAGGAGACACAUAGUGUUUUCGUUCUCGGGUAUUGAGCUUGCGAGGAAAUGCGGGGAGAUGUUGUUUUUCUCUUAUUCGGAGGAUGCUCAGUGGGCCAAGUUUGGACACGUACCGUCCCCGGUCCCAUAUGGACCUCGGGGCACGCACUCUAUGCACGUCGGUUGUAGUCGCGGUAGAGAACUUUUCCACUGGACACUUGUGGGGCACUUUUGGUGGGGCGGUGCCAGGGUUCUCUGCGCUCCUCCAGCUGCUCGGAGCCUGCACGCCUCCAGCCAAACCAUGGAGGUUUUGGCUGGAGCUCCGCUCGCCGUGCUCAUGGAAACCGGCUCCUCGGGCUGGUUGUAGCAUUUUGAUUUUCUAGUCUAGUUGGUUUCUACGGCUCUUUCUAGCUGAUUUUUAUUUGAUGCAAGUCAUUUAGUUGUGGAUGCUCUAGAGUAGCCAGUAUUUUGAUGAUUCUGCCUUUCUACGCUAUGGUCGCUUGUUUGUUUCAUCUUGAGAAGCAAGAACCCGUGCAAUGUGUUUUGAUGGGAGAGGCUUUGCUGUCUGGUUGGGUGUCCUUACAAAGUUUUGUGCUGCGAAAGUGAGGAGCAUGUGCACGACAUGGGGAUGCUGUUAUUAUGUUGCGUUAUUUUAUUGUGGUAAAAGUGCACGGUAUGCUAGUGGACGCUUUGAAAACCUCAGGUUUGACUGUGUAUUUCAGAAGCCCCUGUAUUCCUCUGUCUCGUCGAUGGGUUGAGCAGUUUUGGCAUGGCAACUGGGUCUUUGGUAUUUUUCUCGGGAUUAGGAAAUGUAAGGCGGAUCUUUUUGAAAACUAUUAUUUUGAAGUUAACCCUCUUCACAGAAUAGAAUUUGGUCUCCCGAUGUGCGUUAAAAGUGUAAGUCGUGGCAUGGAUUUCAACAAACUUGAUAUUGUGUUUUAACAGAAACUGUACGACACCUUAAGGGGGGACAUGGCCUGGGAGGGUCAACUUUUGAAUUGUUCCUGCAAAUUGAUUCAAACUUUCAGGGUGAAUUGAACCCCCAUUAGGAAUGAUGACAUCUAAACUUUUAGUCUUGUAGGCCAAUUCUACAACAUGCUAUGCUUAAUAAGCUUCAGUAAAAAAUUACUUUGUUGUAAAAUGUAUUAAAAUAAAUAAAUAAUAGCAAUUCGCAAGAUUUUUGUUCUAAUGUAAAGUAGAAUACCCAUAGUGCAAGUUAAGGUAAAAUUUAAUUGUGGAAAAUGCAAUUCUCUAGAAAAACAAUACCAUCCAAAAGAAAAAAUGUUUUGCAAGUUUUGGUAUUUUAAAACAUUUAUUUUUCAUCACGGAAAAGUCAGCUCUUUCAGAUGAUGAGUAGCUUAACUUGUUCCUAGAAAGUUGAGUCCAGGACCCCACUAAUAGAUGUCUUUAAACUUUCAAAAUGUCAAAUUGUAUAUUUCCUCAUACCACCUUUUUAGCCAAAAAGUGAAACUGAAAAAAAUGCAUUUCAAGUCCCAGAUACACAAAAUUCACCUGAAGCAUUGUUAGCACUUUCCUCUUUAAGACUUUGGUGUUCCCCUGGAAAUGGCUACCAGUUUGUGUCGUUCGUAGGCGCGCUAAGUUUGGUAGCAGGCUUUCCUCGACAAAUAAACUGCUGACAACUAAGAUGCACGUCAUUCUAAGGAAGAAGAGCAAAGCAGUAAUAUGAUCUGAAGAUAGUGUCAAAAGCGUGUUAGUGAAGGUGGCACAAUAUCACGUCAUUGAGCAGGAUCAAUCCCUUCUCAACCAAUAAGAUAGCUCAUGCCAAAUUUUCCGCAUUCUUUUAUGUUCUCAUUAAUACUUUUAACCUUGGAAAGCUUCUACAGGCUAAAUCUAGAGUAAAUGGUGUUUCCAAUGGGGGUGAGAUGUUCUGGCUACGAGUAUGGAGCAGAACGGUAUAUCAAAAACAUAAAAAACUUGUUUCCUGCCGACUCAGAGGGCUGCCGGCAUUCCCAACAAUUUAUUGCGAGAUAAAUCCUGCAUGUUUAUAAAUAAAAGUUUUUGAAACCAUUCUUUUGAAGUUAAUAAACAUAUCAUUUUUGAAAAAAAAGCUUUUUCUGAAAAUUCUGAUUUCCAAGGCCACGUCCCCCAUUAACCCCUUGCCUACUAAUAGCGAGUGUCACUCGUGCCGCCAUUUACGGACCAUAAGACCCGACCACGAGUGCGACUCGUGUUUCGGUUUCAGAGCUUGUUUUGUGAGCUCUGCGGCAGAUGGCAGCACUACCCCUGUUGCUCCUGUUUACCUUGGGUUCUUUUCUUGUUUGCUUUGCCUUUUGACAGAGAGAGGACGCUCCAUUGACAAAAAAAAAGUGCGCUAAUGUAAGCAAGCGCGCCAAAAACAUGUCUUCGGCGCGGAGGUCUGCUUUGGCGGACGAAGAUAUACAAAGACUUCUUUUUGAAAGUGAUGAAUGCGCCAGUAUUUCUGAUGACGAAUCCUGCUGCCUUUCCGAUUACUCGGAAUCCGAUGAGAGUUCAACGGACAGUGAGAAAAGUGUUGAAAACGAUGCGAAUCCUGGAAGCAUUUCAUCGACUUCGGCGUCUGCACGUCAGUGGAACUGGGAGUAGAGGGACAACCAGCCUGCUCAGUUCACCUUUGUAGAAACCGCAGGUGUGUCAGCAAGGGUUCAACGCAGUCUUGGUGAGAAGACAAGCGCCUUGUCGACCUUUUCAGUGUUUGCAAGUCAUGAUUUUUGGGCGUCUGUCUCUGCUGAGACAAAUCGCUACGCUGAACAAAAGAUGGGUGACGAGGAUCGUCCCAAGAAAUGCUAUGAGGAGCAAUGGUUUGACACCACUCCGAAUGAGAUAAAGGCAUACUUUGCCUUGAGCAUCAUUAUGACGCAAGUGAAAAAACACACAGUAAAAAUGAACUGGUCCAAGAGGUCCAUAGUGGAGACCCCAAUUUUCGGCAAAACGAUGUCCUAUGUGAGGUUUCUGCUAAUCUCUCGAUUUCUAUCAUACUGUGAAGAACUACUGAAGAAGAGGAGACGACCAGAAGUCCUGGUAUAGAGCACGGGACUACGCCUGAAAGCCAAGGAAACGUUUUUCUUUAUUUUGACGCAAAUCGCUUGAUUUAAAUAAAGCUUUCUGUACAAUCUUUAAAGAAAAAAAAUGAGUAGGCAAGGGGUUAAAGCUUCCUCUAAACUAGGUCUAUGAAAAAUAAUUUUAAUUAGCUGUACCUCGGUUUAUUAUACUCCCAUAUUGUUUUGUUUUUUUUCUUUUUCCAGUUGCUGAUUAACAGCUAGUUUUCUAAGCAUUCCAUUAGCUUUUGGAAAUAUUGUGAAUCUUGAGAAAUCCUCAGAUAGGUGGAAGGCCUUUUUCAGUGAGGACCAUCCUAAUGACCCGGAAGAACUGGGCCACUAAUCAUUUAGCCUCCUUUGUGCCGGAAGAGGUAACUAAAAUUGAAUGGCAGGUUUGAAAUCCUUGUUCAGAAACGCGUGCAAUUUGGGUAAAACAUGCAUAUGAGGGAAGAAUUGACCCUUCGUUCAUUGAAGACCAUGCUGUUACAAAAGCUCAUGGAAUGAAAGGUCAAUUUGUGCAUUGGCGGACUGACAUGGCUCUAAACCAGGCUGGUGAUUGUUUCCCUCGAGUACAAAGGUGUGCGCAGCCUCCAGCAACGCCAAGUGCCCGGCUCAUGCAAGUUCAUGUUGCUAUAGGCUGUAUGACUGUUCUGAUCUGCUCAUUCCCAUGUUGAUUCUGCACAGGGAUGCCAUGUGUAUGUACAUUUUUACACUGGAGUGUGUUUGCGUGCAUGCAUCAAUUAUCGUGUGUCAUUUCAUGUUUUGCGGUGGUACAUUCAGAAUUGUAUACUGCUUUCAGCAGCACCAGCAUGGUAGAAAAGAAGUGAUCCGAGCUGGUUUGAUUUUAUUUUGAAGUAUUGGGGAUUUUUUCUUUGUUAACGUCAUUGCAGGUUCGAAUCUUCAUUGUUUUAGUGGUGAGGAGCAUCCUAUUGAUGCUGUUGUCUUUUAGAUGUUCUGUACAUUUUUAUCUCGGCAUUAUUUGAUUCUCCUAUAUCAGCGGAUACUAACUUGCAGAUGUUUACUGGGAGGGAUAUGGUGGUGCAGUUUCUUUUUAUUGCUCGGGAAAUUUUUAUUUGUUGGAGUGAAAAACCUUUUUAUAUAGAGAGCUUAUUUUUUAGCACUUAUUAGUUAGCACACUGUCUAUGUGUUACGAGUUGGAUUUUUUUUUUCUGUAUGUCAGGAUCUGUGAUAUGCGAGUCAUUUUUUCUUGGUAUCUGAGAUGUGUUUCCUUCUGCAUUUAUUGACACCAUGCGUGUAUGACCAUUGCUUGCCUGUGGUAUGACGAGCUACAGUGUACUUGUGUGUGAAUAUUUGUUUUUUGAUAUAGAGAAUUCUAAUAAAUGCACUAUAAGAUCCGUA